CGGCGCGCAGCGAUGACGCAACUCCGGCUCCGCCCCCCGCGCCGCGUCGGUCGGUGAUGACGUCAGGGCGGCGAUGGCGGCGGCGGAGAAGACGCAGCGCUACGAGGCCUUCGUGAGCGACGUCCUGCAGCGCGACCUGCGGCGCGUGCAGGAGCAGCGCGACGCCGUGUUCGAGCAGCAGGCGCAGGUGCUGCAGCUCCGCUCCGCCCUCGCCCGCCUACAGGAAGCCGCCGCCCCCCUGCGCACCCAGGUCGACCUCGGCUGCAACUUCUUCGUUACUGCAGAAGUCCCGGACCCGCAGCGUGUGUUUGUGGCCCUGGGCUAUGGGUUCUACGCGGAGCUGACGCUGCCCGAGGCCCUUCGGCACCUGGAGCGCCGCAGCCGCCUCCUGCAGCGGCUCAGUGACUCCCUGACCCGGGAUGGGGCCAAGAUCCGGGCGCACAUCCGGCUGGUGCUGGAGGGCCUGCGGGAGCUCCAGGGGCUCCAGGAUCCCCCUGCCACCUCCGAGCCCUGAUGGACACCUGGGCCCCCCUCUCACCUGUGUAUCGUGUAUGUAAACCUGGAGUAAAGAGCUUUUUGUAA